GCGCGCAGGGCCAGGGCGGAAGCCCGGUGCUCGGAGCCCGCAGGCCCGGGAAAUGAUCUCCACCAUCUCGAGCCCGUGGCUUACGCAGCUCUCUCACUUUUGCGAUGUUACAGCCUUCACUGCCAACAGCCUGAGCAGCCUCAGCGCCUCCGGGGGCUACCACCUCUCGCCUUCUCCGGCUGGGGACCCCUACGGGCAGCACGAGCCUCCGCAGCCGCAGCCGCAGCAGCAGGCGCCCCCGCGCUACGAUCCCUGCGCCGCCGGGGCAGCCGCCCAGCCCCACGGAUACCCCUUCUCGGCCCCGGGCGGCCGCAACCCUCCUGCCGGUGGCGGCGAGCCCGAGGGCGCCGGGGCCAGCUGUGCCUCGGCCGGGCCUGGCCCGGGGGCCGUGGCUACCAAGGCGCCGGUGAAGAAGAACCCUAAGGUGGCCAACGUGAGCGUGCAGCUGGAGAUGAAGGCUCUCUGGGACGAGUUCAACCAGCUGGGCACCGAGAUGAUCGUCACCAAAGCCGGCAGGCGCAUGUUCCCCACUUUCCAGGUGAAGAUUUUCGGCAUGGACCCCAUGGCCGACUAUAUGCUGCUUAUGGACUUCGUGCCGGUGGACGAUAAACGGUACAGGUACGCCUUCCACAGCUCAUCAUGGCUGGUGGCAGGGAAGGCAGACCCUGCCACCCCAGGCCGGGUCCACUACCACCCAGACUCCCCAGCCAAGGGCGCCCAGUGGAUGAAGCAAAUCGUGUCCUUUGACAAACUCAAACUCACCAACAACCUGCUGGAUGACAAUGGCCAUAUCAUCUUGAACUCCAUGCACAGAUACCAACCCCGCUUCCACGUGGUUUACGUGGAUCCACGCAAGGACAGCGAGAAGUACGCCGAGGAGAAUUUCAAAACCUUCGUGUUCGAGGAGACCCGUUUCACAGCUGUCACAGCCUACCAGAACCACAGGAUUACGCAGCUCAAGAUCGCUAGCAACCCCUUCGCCAAAGGCUUUCGGGACUGCGACCCUGAGGAUUGGCCUCGUACCCACCGGCCAGGGACGCUGCCUCUUAUGAGCGCCUUCGCCCGCUCGCGGAAUCCGGUGGCGUCGCCGGCCCAGCAGAACGGGGCUGAGAAAGACGCUGCUGAGAGCCGGCGGGAGUACGAGCGAGAAGCCAGCGGCACCCCUCUGCACGCCGAUCCGGCCCACCAGCAGCUCAUGUCCCGGGUGCUGAGCCCGGCACUGCCCGUCCCGGGAGCCGGAGGCUUGGUGCAGAUCACGGCUACCGCCGGAGGUAGGCCGAGCCCCCCGCACCACGAACUACGCCUGGAGGCGCCCAGCGCCUCGGAGCCCCUGCACCAUCACCCCUACAAAUACCCGGCAGCUGCCGCGGCCGCGGCCGCCGCCUACGACCAUUACCUCGGGGCCAAGAGCCGGCCGGCGCCCUAUCCUCUGCCCAGCAUCCGGGGUCACGGCUACCCGCACCCGCACCAUCACCACCAUCAUCACCACCACGUGAAUCCCGCGGCUGCGGCCGCAGCGGCAGCGGCCAACAUGUACUCCUCCGCCGGGGCUCCAGGCAACUACGACUAUGGGCCAAGAUAACCCGUCUCCCCAGCCCCGACCCCCGGCCAGCCCAGCGACGCCGUCCAGCCUGGAUCCCGCCCCCCGCCUUCGACCCCAAGCUUGGCUGGCACGCCUGGGUCCUCUUUCCGGUUCAGCCCCAGACGUCUCCCCUCCCUAAGUGAGGCCUCAGCUCAACCGCUUGGCCCAGUUCUCCCCGUCUAGGCCCAACCUUAAGGGCCAGCCUAGGCCCUUUCUGUGGCCCAGCUUUUCUCUCUGAGAGCAGCCUCAUCCUCUAUCCAGGGGCCUCCCUCCAGCCAAGCUCUUCCCACCGACGCCCACCCCAGGUCUCCACUCCAACCGCAGGGUGCCCCUUCCAACCCCACCCUCCCCAGCCGUCCAGCCCUGCUCCGCUUUUGAUCCGCAGCUCCCCUGAAGCUGCACGCACACGGUGUGCCGCAUGGUGUGUGCGUUCCCUCCGCUCUGUAGCGUGUGUCUGUCCGCGGAGGGCGCUUUUAUGCUGAAGUGGGAACGUUGCCAUUUUUAGGAUGAUGGUUUUGCCUGCCCCUUCCCUCUUACACAUUUUUCCGAGGGGGUCCCCGUUUCUGGAACCUCUCCACCCUAGCCUCCCCUUCCCAAGCCUGGGGAACCAGCUGUGAGCCUCCCUUCCCUGGGAUGCCUCAUUCUUGCGGGCCCCACUCGGCACCUGCCUCACCUCCCGGUGCCCAGCUCUGAGCCUUCCCUCUCCCACGCGGGACAUAGUGUCCCUAGUGGUCCCGACCCCUUAGCCGCCUGCCCUCCUAAGACCAGGGGCUCCAGCCCUCAGCGCACCACCCCCUCUUCCCCUGAGACGCGGUGUCCCCGAAGUCCCAGCUCAGCCUUGGCGACUCCCUCCGGCACCCCAACAACGCGCCGGGUGGGAAAGCCAGCUGUGGAUCCACCCCUCCAGCGUGUGGGGCAAGCAGCAUCCCAGAGGGAGAGCUCCCAGGCGGGUUGUGCAAGGAGGUGGUAGCCUUGGCAGAAGUGAUGGCUGUCCCUUAGGAAGGGCCGAGCGACUGGAGCAGCUGUGCCAGGCUCAGAGCCUGGGGAAAGUGGGGAUCGAACCCCCGGACCUCAGGCCGGCAGAAAGCGUGUGGAGACAGAGGGGGAAACUGAGGCCCAGAGAGCUCAGAGAGUCCAUAGUUUCCCUGCCUCCUCUUAGAGUCAGUCAGUUAACAAGCCUUUAUGAAGGCUUGUUACUAUGUGCCCGGAGCUGUGCUAAAUGCUGAGGAUACAAAAAGAGGCAAAAAACAGCUCCUGAUCUCAAGGAACUCACAGUCUGAUAGGGGAAACAACAUGCAAGUAAGCUAUAGACAAAAUAUACUGGAGAUACCCUACGGGUCUCCUUUUUACAGAGGAAGAAACUGAGGCCCAGAGAGCUCAGAGAGCCUGGAGUCCAUCUGCCCCCUUUUCCAGAGGCUUAACAGACCUUAAAGGUCCUGUGCUGGGCACUAGGGAUGGAAAGACAAAGGUAAAACUUCUGUCCUCAAGGAGCUUCUAUUCAAAAAGGGAAAAUGUGGCACAGACUGGCUGUAGAAGCUGGCUAUCUAGCACUGUAAUCCAGGGCCCUUUGGAUCACAGUGCCGGGCUGUCCUUCUUACUGUCUUGGUCAAGAAAUGAUUGAAUCUUGGAGCUGGAAGGUACCGUGGGGCCAUUGAAGUCCAAUCCACGUAUGGGGGAAAAUCCUUUCUGUGUCAGACACGACAAACAGUCAUGCAGCAUGUUUGCGAGAGCUGCAGCGGCAGGGAGCUCACCACCUCUCCUAGGACCCUGGUCUAUGUUUCAGGUCUCUGCUGCCUUGGUUUUCUCCUUUGUUAAAUGAGAGGCUUGGACCAGAGGAUCUUAAGGUAUUCUGUGGUUGUGUAUGAACACAUGUAUUCUUAUGGGCAGGACUGGAAAAAAAAAAUCUGAAUUUAGGGGAAAGCCCGAGUUUGGUACAGUGGGUUGUACUCCUAGGAUUCCCGGGCCAAAGCUGGAAGGGGAUCAUGGGCCUCUUGGUGAAAUUCUGAACCAACUCUUGAUUCUGCCUCUAGUCCCCACCCUGUACUGAAGAGCCAGGCCCUUCAGAGGCUCCAAGGUGGAGACUAGAAAGGGACCCUAGAGGUGAACCACUCUGCCCCACUUCCACCCCCAAGGACUGGUGACUCGCUUAGGUUAGAUAGUGGAGGCUGGAUUUGAACCUGGGCUUUCUCACUCUCCAUCCAGCACUCCUUCCUCCACACCACCAGUCCCUUCUUUGGACUUCAGUUUACUCCUCUGUAAAAAUAAGGUGUUUGCCUUCCUGAUCUCAAAAUUCCCUUUUUAAGUUGAUCUGUGAUUUUCAGCUAUCUUCCUGGGUACUAGCUGUACCUUACUGUCUCACACUUGUCCUUAUUACAGAAUGACUGGUUGGAAAAGAAAGCUGAGAGUUCAUCUCCAUCAAUGACCUAUUGUGUAGAAAGAGGAAGAAACAUGGCCAGGGUUCUCCCCCUCCCCCUCCCCCAGGCUGCUUCUCUGCCAUCUCAGGGCCUCUGAUCAGCAUCUCCCCUUCCUCUGGCCACAAGGCCCCCCACAGGGUCUGGCUAGUGCUAUCUCCUGGCCACAGACUCAGGUCCCAAGGUUCUGGGCUCCUGGAGGCAGAGGGGAAAAAAGAUGAUGAUGAGGAGGAGGAAGACCACCUGGUCUGAUUGAAGAUUUCCCCAGGCUCCCCACCCCACCACAUGUGUGCUGGCUCUCCCAGGUGUGGAUUUUCUUUGAUAUUUUUUGGUGUUUUUUUUGUUUGUUUUUGUUUUUGUUUUUGUUUUGUUUUUUUUUUUUUUUUUUUUUGCAGUGGAUUGUGGAAGUGUUACUUUCUGACUAAAGCACCCUUCAGCCCCUCUCCCUCGGGUGGGUGGAGCUCUGGGCGGCAGAGGGUCCUCCCCUGGCCUCCCAUUGCUUUGGGGUGUCUCUCCCUGCAGCUGCCGUGGGAUCGAUCUCUCGUUCUUUGUACACAGAUUAGUGCCAAAGCUUUGGGUUAAAUGUUUAAUGAAGUUAUAUUUAUUUUUCUCCCAGAGAUGAUGCGAACCCCGCCCCCUCUUCCUGGGUAGUUGCCGCAUAAGUAAAGGCAAAUCAACCCCAGAGGCAUAUCUGCAAACGGUGUAGAUACUGUAGAUAUGUGUAGAUACGUGUAGAUACACAGCGGUUACCUUUCCAUUGACGAAAUAUCGGACAUGGACAUUUAUAAGCUG